ACGUGGUUGCAGAUGGCCGCGUCCGCAGCCUGCCUAGAAAGGGUUUGCUCGCCGUAGGGUGUUGUGAAUCGUUUCCUGGCGACAUCUGCAGUCCCCAGCCAUGGCUGAAGGUGGCGCUGGUGGGAACCAGCCACCACGAGAACCUCCCCACAACCUUCAGGGCUUGUUGCAGAUGGCGGUUACGGCAGGAAAUGCUGAGCCUGCCCCACUGGAGCCCAUGUCUGAUGAGCGGAGGCAGUGGCUACAGGAAGCGAUGGUGGAGGCAUUUCGAGGGCAACUGGAUGAGAUAGAGCAGAUGAAGGAGUGUUUGCGGGUGCUGGAGGCAGCGACUCCCGGAACAGCAGCAACCCCCGGAAUGGAAGGCCAAGAGAGUUUGGAGGAGGCCCCUUCGGACCGGGUGAGCAGAGAGGAAGCGCUGGAUCUUCUGGCAGAGUUGUGUGAAAACUUGGAUAAUGCUGCAGAUUUCUGCAAACUGGAGGGCAUGCGGCUUCUGGCCCACCGCUACUUGGAGCAUGAGGAGGAGGAACUGCGUUGGCGAGCUGCCCACCUGGUAGGCACCUGUGCCCAAAAUGUGCCCAAGGUGCAGGAGCAGGCCUUAGCACUGGGCUGCAUGAGGAAACUCUUACGGCUACUGGACCACGAUACCAGCGAAGCUGUCCGGAUCAAAGCGCUCUUUGCGAUCUCCUGUCUGGUGAGAGCCCAGGAAGCUGGCCUGUUGCAAUUCCUGCGCCUGGAUGGGUUCUCGGUUCUCAUGCGAGCCAUGCAAAGCAACGUGCAGAAGCUGAAAGUGAAAUCUGCCUUCCUGCUGCAGAACCUUCUUGUAGAUCACCCGGAACAGAAAGAAACUCUGUGUUCCAUGGGAAUGGUCCAGCAGCUGGUGGCCCUGAUUCGGUCUGAACACAGCACUUUCCACGAGCAUGUCUUGGGAGCCUUGUGCAGCCUGGUGACAGAUUUUCCCCAGGGAGUGCAAGAGUGUCAGCAGCCAGAAUUGGCACUUGAGGAGUUGUUAAAGGAGCGGUGCCAGCAACUGAAGGAGCAGGAAGAGUUCCAGGAGGAGCUGGAUUUCUGUGAGACUUUGCUGCGCCUUUGCUUCCACGGCCAACCUGAUGAAAACAACAUGGACCGGUAACUUGGCUUCCCAGACCCCAGUGACACUCUUGGAAGUUCUUGCUUAUACUUGGAGCUGUGUCAUUUGGAAACACUUUAUGGAAACGCCCGUGUUUAUCCUCCGUUCACUGACGACAGGCUGGAGAAACAGAAGAUGUCUCUGUAACGAGAGAGAUGGCUUGUUAGCCUAACGAUGGGCAGGAAGGCACUUUCAUAAGUUGUCGCUGUGUAACUUCCUCUUCCUCAUCCUGCAAAACUCUUCUUCUGCCGCUGUCCUGCUGCCCUCUUAGCCACACCCGCCCAGUUCACAAACAGGUAGCUGAACCGCCAUAGUUGGGGAAGCGGUUCCGAAAUGCCCCAUGUUUAAUUGGCAAAUUCCUACAGAUGAGUAUCUUGUUUAUCAAAGAGGAGAUAUUUUUAAGGUGUGUUGGGAGGCUUGUGUGCCUUUAUUUCCUUUUUCUGAAAUUGCUGUUGCUAAAGCAGAUGGGAAUUGACUGCUCCACUGAGAAAGCGCGAGGAACUGCAGCUUCAAGGCCCAGAGCGCUUGAAGGAGCCUCACUCCAAAGUGGCAGGGGGGGCUUCAGAGAGCGUCGGCGUGAAGGACCCAGAUCUACACUUGCGGCUGCCAGUUCCAGAGAGACAACAGGGGACUGAGUCUGCUCUUCACUGUGGGAGGGGAAUGGAUUGGGGAACGGCUGAACAGAAGUGGUGUCUGUUUGGUCCCUUAGUGGCUUCUCCUGAGUGUAUUCCAGCAGCCUCCGCCGUUCCCACCUCGGUGUUCUGCUAUUGCUAUGUUUGCUUACUUUUUUUGAAAAAAACAAGUUUCUGGUUUAGGUGAGAA